UAAAUGUUGGGUUGAUGUCAGUCCAAGUGAAGAUGAGGACCUUCAUUUCAGCCAGUGGCCAAGAGGAAACCGUGACCGUCAGAAGAAGCGAAUCAGCUGAUGCUCAGGGGAUUGGAAACCUCACCAGUCCUGCAGCUCUGGCGGUUUUUGGAAGAGUCAAUAUAAUUCAUCUUCUAGAGAAAGCCAAUCUGGCCGUGACUGUGGCCAAUGAGAAGGGAGACAUUGUGGCUCACGCUUCCUUCUUCGAUCACCCUGUUGGAGACUUGGUGGAUCAGACUCUUUGGGAACCUUUCCUGCAAAAACACUUCAGCGCUAAAAAAUGCACACCUGUGAACACACUCUUCCUCCACUUCUUCGUGGCACAGCCAGAUUUCACAACAGCAAGUGUAAAAGAAAUAAUGAGGGCUGUCUUUAACGCCAUCGCAGAGCUUGAAUACAUCUGCCUGGUCAGCCCGAACGUUGGUGUUUUAGAGCCGGCGCUGGAUGAGAUGUUUAAGCCGCUGCAGCGCCUCACUGUCCCCGGGCCUCAGUGUUUAGCAUUCAUCUGCCACAGACGGGAGCACUGCCCCAAGCUUCACAUCCGCCCUGCCAGGGUUGAAGAUCACGAUGACGUAAUGAAGAUAUUUGAAGAGCAGACAAAGAUUCUGUCGGUCAUCGACCGGCCGUACUUCCUGGUGGACGUCUCUGAGUCUCAGAACGAGGAAGAUCGCACGUCUGUUUGUGAGAGUGACGGAGUCGUCGUCGGCUUCAUCAGUCUCACUUCUGUUGUGGAUUUGAAACGUCUGCACGACAGCUUUGAGUUGAGUGAGUUUGAUGGUUUCUACAAACUGCAGCAAAUGAAACCCGAUGUACCUGCCGCUCAGUCCGACUCGAGGGGAGAAGAACCCAGAACAACCCACGCCGACAAAUCACCGCAGGAGGAGACGCAGCCCACCGCAGCACCAUGUUCCUCAAAGAGAUCCAACGCCGUCUGUAUUCAGUUCUUCGUUAUUGAGAAGAAUUAUGAAACGAGAUCACUGGACUUUAUUCCACAUAUAUUCAAACUUUUCCCUGACGUGGACUUCUGCCUCAUCACCGUCCCGACGCUGUCCCCAGAGUUCCUGUUGCUGCAGAGCUUCCUCAGGGUGCCCCCCCGCGCCACCAGCUCGCUGCCCCGUGAACUCUACGUGUUCCCCCGCGCCGGCCUCAGGAGUGUGCAGGUGAGGCCGGCGCUGGCUGCAGACCGGCUGGCGGUCUCUGACCUGGUGAAGGGUCUGAGACUCAGUGAGUCUCUGCUGCAGGACCUGGACUGCUUCUAUGAGACGCGCAGAGACCCGGGCGGCGUGCCGCUGCAGGCCUUCGUGGCCGAGGUGCACGCUCAGGUCGUGGGGGUACUGAUCAUCAGAGACGAGCAGGACAUCAAAUACAUUUGUUCCCACUACAACAUCGAGAACUUCAUCUACUUCAGCCAUCACCGCUCCGAGGAGCACGCUCAGAUACGCCACUUUGUCCUCAAACCCUCCUUCCAGCACUUCAGCAAACACUUGUUUAAGGAGCUCCUCCGGCUGGCGCACAAGUCCUGCCUGUUCCACAGAGUGUACCCUCCCAAUCACAGCCGGGAGAAUUCCUGCGUCCACCAUCUGGAUUCUGUCCUCAACUGUGCGGUUCCUGUCCGACCACGACGCCAGAUCAUCUACCCGCUGGAGGAGCUUGGCAUCAACGGGCCUUCCAGGCAGAUCACCGAGGAGCAGGAACCAUUUGCUCUGAGCCUCAUCAGCAGGAAGUUAACCAUGGAGCCAAAGGUCACCAUCAAUGCCAGGAUUGUGGUGGUGGGGGCGUCGGACACGGGUUUAACUUUCCUCCAGGUGCUUUGUUUCUGCCCCCACCUGAGGUUCAACAGCCUGACCCUCAUCUCAACACACGCUUUCCCCGGCGACUACAACCACGAGGACGUCGGAUUUCUGUCAACAAGCCAUGCGUACAGCAGCAGAGACUUGGCCCAGCUCCCUCUGCGUUCCUGCGUCAGUGUGGUGACCGGGAAGAUGGUGGGCAUCAACCGGAAGUCCAAAUACGUCCGUGUGUCUGGUGGUGUUAAGGUGCGCUACGAUCACCUGGUCCUCUGCACGGGCCUGCAGUACCAGGUGCCGCGUCCUACUGCUGUGACUCCGCCCCACACAGACAGCCAGCUGCAGGCUCCGUCCACAGUCCCCGAGCCCGUCCCCUCCAACCUCUUCACCCUCAACGACCUCCACGACUGCAUGGCUGCUCGCCGCUGGCUGCUCGCCAACUUUGUGGAGCUGGAGGGUAACGCCAUCGUCUAUGGGAACAGCAUCGAUGUCUUCACCACCGUGGAGACUCUGCUCAGCCUUGGCAUCCAGGGACGUCGUAUCCAUCUAGUCCUCACACAUCCCGGCGUCUCCGGCCUCAGCGACCCUGUCGUGGAGAAGGCUGUGGCGACAGCCAUGAGACGGGCAGAAGUCCAGGUGCACCAGAAGUGCCUGCUGGCCCGGCUGAACAACGGAGAACAACCCGAUCCCCUCACAUGCGUGUCCUUCACCACCGACUCAGAGCCCCUCCAUCUGCAGUGUGGAGUGUUCAUUAAUCUCUCCAACAAAGGAGUCGAUUCCGACGCCUUCAAGAGCAUCAACAGCUCCUUCCUGGUCUUUGAUGGCAGACUUGUCAUAAAUGCCACUUUCCACACCUGCGACUCAGCUAUUUCUGGAGCCGGACCUCUCACCAAGUUCUCCCGCUGCUACUACUCAGACGAGUGGUCGCACGCCAACUUCAACUCCAAGGAAGUGGGCCGGGACCUGGCGGCCAUGUUGCUGCCCCUCUUCGACCCGACUCUGGAGCCUGCAGUGGAGCCUACACCUGGAAAGGAUGGAGUCGUACCGCUGUACAAACAGGCUAAGAUUCAAGGUGGGACGCUGCCUGGAGGAUAUCACUACCUGCAUGUGACCAAACCGUCUGCUGCCAACCUCACCGGCCCUCCUGUCACACAUGACAGCGGCAUCGUGACCGGACGAGUGGAGACGGGGAACUACUUCUGUUUACAUUUGGACAGCUACGAGCUGGUGGAGACGCUCACCUGUCUCUCCCUGAAGCCCCUCCCCGUCUCCAAUUACCUGAGUCUGCACGGGAAACACCAGCAGCUGCUGGGCCAGCUGUGCAGCCGCCACCAGCAGGGCCUGAUCCCCGACCUGUACAGUUUCUUCACACAGAGCUGGUGUUUGGCCAUUUAUCACGACAGAUUCUGCGACUUUGAGCAGGAGCUUCAUCCGAUCACCUCGACUCCACACGACUCGCACGUCCAUCAGGAUGGAUCACAAGACGCUGAGAGACGAGCGGCUCUGAGGAGCAGCGCUGUCAAAUAUCUGACCUACAACCGGAACCUGCUGCCCAUGUUCGCCUGCCCGGGACAGCUGUGACAUCACAUCAACCAAGCUUUCUAACACUGUUGACUGUGUGUCCAACAAACAUGUUGAAUAUGUCAUAAAACCUUUUCACUCCUGCUUUGUUUCCUGGCUUCUUCCUCUGAAAGGUGGAAAUGAAAAGUGAAUGUGGAUCUCCUCGACCUCGUGGUUGUUUGUUAAAUACAGAGAAAACAUGGUGAGAACAAGUCGUGGUGGAAAACUUCACUCCAUGAAUGUUACACAUCGGUGUGUUUCCAGGUGUCUCUACUGCAUCUGUUAUCCAGAGGAAGCUGCGUGAGGCUACAUUAGCCACUACUGAAUCUCAGAUGCAUUGUGGGGGAUGUAGGCGGUAACGAUUAUUCACAUUAUUCAUUAAUCUGCUGAUUAUUUUCUCGGUUAAUAGUUUGAUCUUAGAUCUCAAGAAAUAGUGAAAGAUGUCCAUCACAGUUUAUUAAAGUCCAAGCUGAUGUCUUUAAAUGUUUAAAUGUUUUCAGUCUAAAACCCAAAGAUAUUCACUUUAAUAUGAUUAAAACAGAAGAAAGCAGCGAUAUUCAAUUCUUCUUCUUCUGUGGAUCGACUAGUCAUUGCAGCUCUGAUGGAAUCAAAAGAAGAAAUAUUUUUAUGCAUCGACUUUGAUCCUUUUCGGAGCGAAAUGUAAUGUAUUGUGAUGUAAUGUAAUAUAAUGUAGUGUAAUGUAAUGUAAUGUAAUAUAUGUAGUGUAAUGUAAUGUAUUGUGAUGUAAUGUAAUAUAAUGUAGUGUAAUGUGAUGUCAUGUAAUGUAAUAUAAUGUAAUGUAAUGUGAUGUAAUGUAAUGAUACAUCACAGGGUUUAAGGACGACUAACAUUAAUAUCUGUCUUCGACUCAAACUAUUGAAGUGAAAGCAAAUUAAUUAUCCCUUAAAGAGAAGUCUCUUUAUUUGAAUUUAAGGGACUUUUUUUACAACAAAAAUGUUAAUGUUAGUAAACAUUGCAAACUAAUAUUGUAAUUUAAGAUUAGGAUUGUGUAAAGUUAUGUUCCCUGACAACUGGAAACUCUUAAUGUAGAGUAACGUCUUUUUCAUUUGUUCCUUAAUUUGACUUUUCCAGCACAUUUUUCUCAUGUAAACAUCACAAUAAAUCGUUUCAGCUCGUUAAUUUGAAUAUUAUCUGAGGAUGGAAACUCACUCCUGCUUAUAUAGAUGCACAGUCAGGUUGUUUUCAAUAAUUGCUGACACCUCUGUUUUGUAUUUCCACAGACUCCUCCAUAAAGUGCCAACUGUAACUACGCAUUGUCGGGACAUGUUUGGUACGUUCAUGAGGAUCCGGAUCACUUUGUGACCUUCUGACUCCUUCAGCCCCAUGAUGGGAACAUAAAGAUCUAUUUCAUCUUUAAC